AUUUAUUCAUAUGUAGCCUAUAUAAAUAUUUUUUGCGGUGUUCUACCAAAUAUUCGAAGAUGCCUUUUCUAGGACAGGACUGGAGAUCGCCCGGGCAAAGCUGGGUGAAAACUGAGGAAGGCUGGAAAAAACACUCAGACUCCGAAAAUAACAUUGUUGCCGAAUUGAAGAGUAAUGUAACUAAUGUUCUUAUGGCCUCUUCCAGCUGCUGUAGAGAUGAUCGGUUUCACAAGGGCAACCUGUGUCGUGUCGUGGGCCAUGACAUGGCUGCAAAGAAGCACAACAAAGACAUCACGAACAACAGCAAGAUCGCAUAUUUCUACAGUGACAAGUGGAUACAUGUCCACAAAGGUAGCACUAGAGAGCGCCAUGGUUAUUGUACGCUGGGAGAGGCAUUCAAUCGCCUGGACUUCUCCAGCGCCAUCAUGGAUAUCAGACGAUUCAACUAUAUAGUGAAGAUUUUGGAGCUGGUCGCCAAAUCCCAGCUGACCUCACUGAGCGGAGUGGCCCAGAAGAACUACAUGAAUAUUCUGGAGAAAGUGGUGCAGAAAGUGCUGGAGGACCAGCAGAACAUGCGGACGGUCCGGGAGCUGCUGCAGACCCUGCAGCUGUCCGUCAGCAGCCUGGUGCAGGACAUGGGGAAGUCCGUCCUGGUGGGCAACAUCAACACCUGGGUGCAGCGCACUGAGACCAUCCGGCGCUGGCAGCAGCAGCUCCACUGUCUCCAGAUCAGCCGGCCAGCAACGGAGGGGACGAAGCUGACGGACCUGCCGGCGGGCCUGCAGCUCAACAUCAUGCAGCGGCUGUCGGACGGGCAGGACCUGGUGAGCCUGGGGGAGGCGUGUCCGGAUCUCCGGGCGCUCACAGAGGACCGGCUCCUGUGGAAAAAGCUGUGCCAGUACCACUUCACAGAGAGACAGAUCCGUAAGCGCCUGGUGCUGUCGGACAGGGGACACCUGGAGUGGAAGAGGACGUUCUUCGAGCUGCGCAGGUGCUACCCCGGAAAGGAGCAAUACAGCGACACGCUGCACCUCUGCUCCCACUGCCUCAUCCUCUUCUGGAAGGACACAAACCAUCCCUGCACAGCAGUUAGCUCUGAGAGCUGCUGCAUGUCCAUCUCUCCCCAGGAUUUCCUCAACCUCUUUAAAUACUGAAGCACACGGAGGCACAGUGUCCUGCAUCAAUGUAGCGCCGAUCGCCCGGUGGAUCCCAGGAAGGGUCGAUCUCACGGAGGGACAGAGGGGCGAGGGGAGGCGAGCGACGGGACUGGAGACGUCCCACAGAGAACUCUAAUUUCGCACUUAAA